CUGAAGUGGUCUCUCUAAAUGGUUAAUGUUGGUACAUCUUUAAAGAGUACCUAGGCCUAAAGGAAGUCAGACCCGUGGGCUGUGCUGGAACGAGAAAAAAGACAGGAGUCUUCAGCGUUUUCCAAGGACCCCCAAACUGAUGGAGAGAUUAAGCUUCAGGCUGCCUGAAACUGUGUAAUGGACACUGAUUCAUUCACUUUUGGAACGAAAAUUCAGUGAAAUUCAAUUAAGCUUUUUUCCCCCCAAUGAUUUACAGCUUGUAAAAUUUGUUACACUGAAUGGAGGCGUGACUGAUUUGCAUCAGCCAAUAGCCCAGUGUGUCCUGAAUCUGUAGAGGUGUAGGACUUCACUGUGCACAGAAAAAGGAGACAACAGUGUGUGCCAAACGACCUAAGGGGCGGGCCAGUCUUAAAUGAACCUAUACCUGCAAGCAUAUCCCUUCUUGAGGCUCACCAUAGUAGAGACAGCCCAGCAGGGAAGGACUGAAGGCCAGGAAGAGUCGCACUCCCGUCGGCCGCAGAACAAAUGGAGCUUUUGGAGAAUGCCGUUUCCUCUCUCUUCUCCAGUCCCACCGCCAUGAUGGGGGCUGUCGCUUUGCUGCUUGCCCUUUACCUCUUCUCCUCCGGCCUCGAGUCGGAGGACGUGCCUAAGCAACCUCCAGGACCGAGGCCUCUGCCGCUGCUUGGAAACCUGCUGCAACUUGAUCUCAAGAGGCCGUACAAGUCCCUGUGCAAGCUCUCAAAGGAAUAUGGCUCUGUGUUCACGGUGUACCUUGGAACUAAUAAAGUGGUGGUCCUGGCCGGCUACAAGGCGGUCAAAGAGGCUCUAGUCACGCACGCCGAUACUUUUGGAGACCGAGACAUCUCCCCGAUAUUUAACGAUAUAAAUCGGGGUCACGGGAUUCUGUUCGCAAAUGGGGAGUCGUGGAAGGAGAUGAGGCGCUUUGCGCUCACCACGCUAAGAGACUUCGGGAUGGGCAAGAGAAUGGCCGAGGACAAAAUCUUGGAAGAAUGUGGCCACCUAAUUCAGAUGUUUGAAAAGCACGAAGGGAAGCCGUUUGACACGACGCGUGCGGUGAAUUACGCAACGUCCAACAUCAUCUCCUCCAUCGUGUAUGGAAGCAGAUUCGAGUACGACGACCCCCGAUUCAUAAAUCUGGUGGGUCGGGCUAAUGAGUCGAUACGCGUGGCCGGCUCUGCAGCAAUCCAUCUUUACAACAUGUUCCCCAGGCUGGCCAGCUGGGUGAAAAACCGGAAGGUGAUGUUAAAAAACUGCGAGUUGACCAUCAGGGACGUGAAGGCCCUGGUCAAAAAUCUGAACGAGACGCUGAACCCCCACAUGUGCAGAGGUCUGGUGGACUGUUUCCUGAUGCGGAAGCAGAAGGAAGAGGAGUCUCGCGUGUUGGACACCUACUACAAUGAGAAGAACCUGAUAUUCAUGGUGACCAACCUGUUUUCUGCUGGUACCGACACCACGGCGGCUACACUGAGAUGGGGUUUGCUGCUUAUGGCCAAAUAUCCACACAUGCAAGACCGGUUGCAGGAGGAGCUGACCAGGGUGAUAGGAAGCCGCCAGGUCAAGAUAGAUGACCGGAAGAACCUGCCGUACACUGACGCUGUCAUCCACGAGAUACAGAGACUGGCCAACAUCGUCCCCAUGUCCAUCCCUCACAAAACCAGCCAGGACAUCACCUUCCAGGGACACUUCAUCAAAAAGGGAACUACCGUGUACCCUCUUCUGACCUCCGUCCUGUACGAUGAGAGCGAGUGGGAGAGCCCGCACACCUUCAACCCUUCUCAUUUCUUGGAUAAGGAUGGUAAAUUCUUCAGGAGGGAUGCCUUCAUACCCUUCUCUGCAGGCCGCAGGGCGUGUCUCGGGGAGAGCCUGGCCAAGAUGGAGCUCUUCCUCUUCUUCACCUCCCUCCUCCAGCGCUUCCGUUUCUCCCCUCCGCCCGGGGUUUCUGAGGACGAGCUGGAUCUGACCCCGGCUGUGGGCUUCACCCUGCCUCCUUCGCCGCAUGAGUUGUGCGCCGUCAGUCGCCAGUGAGGAAGAGGAGCUGGAGCCGAUCGCUCCUGUACAAGUGGCAGAAAUGAUGUUUUUAGUCUCACGGCCGUUUAUCACAAGGUUCCUAAAAGUUGUUUUGAAAAAGGUGUUAGUUGUAGAUGUUUGCACUGACUGACCUAAAGGUUGUCAGAAGUAACGUGUCCAUCACGUAAGCUGAUCAAUUAAUGAGUAUUUUGUUGGUAUAUUGUAUAUUCCUUCCUUUGUGUCAUUGUAGAUUGUUUCCGAAUAUGUGUUUUAUUACUGCAAAUUGUUUAUGUGUAUCCUAAUAGCAUAAUUGCAAGUCAUUUUUGACUUACUUUUUACGAUAUCAAUAAAAAUACCAAUGUG